GAUGACUUGUGUGACACCAAGCUUGCAAGACUCGACUAUCCACGGCCACCGGUUUUCAAACCAGUUUGGAGAAGCCAAGGCGGCCGUGCACACGCGAGCUACCCUCGUGCGUAAAGCAAAAACUCGUACAGUCGUACAAGCAUUUUUUGGAGCGUCGAUAAAUUAAAUUUUAUUUGAAGACUGCUUUACAAGAUCCUUUCGGUCUAUUUUGACCUUCUAAUCUGCACGGGGAGUGCAACUAUGUACAUGUAUUUACAAUCCUCUUGUGAUUGGAGAGGGUCACUUUGAGACUGCUGGUGUAUCACGUUUUCCAAAACUGUGUUUCAAAGGCCUUUACACCUGUGUGACUGCUCUGGAGGACAGUCUAAAAUCACAACAUCUCAAAUAACUGUCAUUUUCACCGCCCGUACCCACAGCCAUGUUCUCUGCAGCCAGGAAAUCGCCCGUUCCGUGUGUUCAAUGUGCUGGUCGUUGCUUACGCUUCCCCAGGCGCAGCCGAGAUGGGAUACGUUUUGCAUCUACAUUUCCUCGAAUCUCCUCAGCCCUGGACACACCCCCACCGUUGUCAAGCCAACAGCAAACACUGCUGGAUAGCCUGCACAGUGCACGGAGCGUAGCGUUUGCCGGUGGUGGAGCAACAGCAAUACACCGACACACCGAAAUCAACAAGAAAGUGCUACCAAGAGAACGCUUGCGUAUGCUGCUCGAUCCAGACUCGCCGUUCCUCGAACUGUCCAUCACGGCCGGUCACGAGUUAGAGUAUGGCAGUGUGCCUUGUGGCGGGUCAAUCUCCGUUAUCGGCCGUGUCUCUGGGACGCUGUGCUUGCUGUCUGUAACCGAGGCGACCGUGAAAGGCGGUUCCGUCUACCCAAUCAGCUUGCAAAAGCAGUUGCGAGUGCAGCAGAUAGCUCUGAAGAACAGGAUACCAAUCGUCUAUCUGACUGACUCUGCCGGCGCCUUCCUGCCGUUACAGAGUCAGAUCUUUGUACCUGGCGGUGCUACGUUUUACAACCAGGCAUUGCUAUCCUCGAAGGGAAUUCCCCAGUUGGUAGUCGUCUGCGGGCACUGUACGGCAGGUGCUGCAUAUAUCCCGAGCAUGGCUGAUGAGGCGAUCAUUAUCAAAGGCAUUGGUGCAGUGUUUCUUGCUGGACCACCCCUGCUAAAGGCAGCAACUGGAGAGAUAGUGGGCACUGAAGAACUUGGCGGUGCAGACGUCCAUUGCAGGCUGAGCGGUGGAACUGAUCACUAUGUUGAAACGGAAGAAGAGGCUUACAGUAUCGCACGCCAGUCCGUAGUGGCAUUUAACUGCCUUCCAAGUCCACAUCCACAAGCUGGUUCAGGUUCUGAACCAUGUGCGCCGGCAGCUUCACUAUCAUCGUACAUGCCUGUGGAAGGCGGUCCAGUCAAUAUGUCCCAGAUCCUUGCUGGAGUGUUGGAUGGAAGUCGACUACGCAAGUUCAAAGCAUUGUAUGGACCAACGUUGAUCACUGGAUUCGGCCAUAUCGCUGGGCGGCUGGUUGGAGUUCUUGCUAACAAUGGCCCGAUGUCAUCUGAUGCAGCGUUGAAGGGUGCACAUUUUGCACAGAUUUGCUCGACGCGUGGCAUUCCAAUGGUAUUCCUGCAGCACACGGAACAGGCGGUUGGCUCAGCAUCGCACGACACUGACAGAGAUUGGAUGCGUGCCAUAGCCAAGCUUGUCUCAAUUGUGUCCUGCGCAAAGGUUGCGAAGAUCUGUGUCAUCAUUGGUGACAGUUGUGGAAUGGUCGGAUCAGCCAUGUGUGGGCCCGGCUUGGAUGCUGACUUUGUCUUUUCCUGGCCGUCAGCGCGCAUAGCUGCAAUGGACGCUGAAGGAGGCUACACAACUACAGAUGAAGGGGAAAUCCGCUCCCCAUGCCAGCAGGCAGAGCUAUUCUCAAGGUGUGGAGAUAAAGCUUCAGCGAUUCAUUGCUCAGCCCGACUACUAGAUGAUGGUAUAAUUACUCCAGAGGAAACAAGAGAGGUACUUCGCCAGAGCUUGGAAGCAUGUAUGGAGUAUAGGAGCACACAAGCACCUAAGCCAGACACCGGUGUCAUCAGAAUGUGAAUGCUGACGGAGACUGUGACGAAGAGUAUCUCUCACGUGUCCUACCCAAUGACCACUACGAAUAUCUCAUACAUAUGGGUCCCCAGUACCCCCCCCCCCCCCCCCCCAAAACACAAAUGUACACUACAAAACACUUGAACUGUCAUACAGACAUUGCCGUCUGUCAACUUAUCAAUAUGAUUCUAGUUUGGCGUGCACUGCAACCGACUGCAGUAGCUUCUGUUUGCUCUUUUAAUUCUAGGUUAUGGUUGCCCGUUACUGGUCUAACAUAGGUUUUACAUUAUAAAUUUUGAUUGAUUUUACUACUGUGAAGUACUUCAAGUUAGCUUCUUCUGAAAUAGCUAUCCUAAAAUAACAAGUAUCACUGUGUACAUACACUAUGCAAUCUUAAUAUUAGUUAUUACCUUUUAUCCUAUAUUUCGUAUCCUUUUCUAUGUCCUGAUAUAGCGUUGAAUGGAGAUUGCAGAUCA